CCAUUGCGCACCCGAGCGUAUGAGUGACGUGAAAAUUGUCUCCUGUGGAAGCGUUGCGAAAAAUUACUAAUUCCAAUUUAUUUAGGGGAACGCAUGUUUUGAUUCAUAGGCUAUUUGGUACAAAGAUUCUGAAUAUGUAACUGCGAAAUGUUUCUCAACAUCAGACAUGCCAAUUCUUCUAACUGUAGAGCUAAUCACAAAAAUAAACAACACUUGAAUCAAUAGAGGAAAAGCAUUCAUUAGUCGCAAAUGUGGGCUUGGGGAAAAAGCAUCUGAUAAUCACACUGCCCACCGCCCAAAAGCUUGCGCUCACAAUGCGCUUGAGCUUUUACUCAAGUAAAGCGCAUGCGGCUCACAAAUCAUCUGUACACAUUCCUUUGCAUGUCCUGCGCUAUCAACGCACACCAGAGCCACAACGAAUGGGGCAUGCAACGGAAUUUAGUAUCCGCAAAACAUUCAACACCAAUAGUACGACAGAAGCAUAGGUGAUGCGCGCGCGUUCACACUGCUUCCAUGCUGGCCAUAACAGAGCAUAGCACACAGCUUUGUGGAAAGAAAUAACAAAAAAGUGAAAAGGAAAAAAAUAGAAGAAUAAAAAACAAAAUGUGACAAGUGAACAAGAAAUUUCGUAUAUGCACAUACAUGUGUGUGUAUACAUAUCGUAUGUAUGUACAUGAGAAAAGCAGGCAAGGAAUAUUGAUGUACGCGCACAUAUGCACAACUACACAAGCGAAAAACGAAUAACACUAAAAAGGAGGCAAAAUGAAAAUUUGUGUUUCUGUGCAUAUAUUUGAAUGAAUAAAUGAAACGAAAUAAAAUAUACGAAAUCUUGGAAACAGCUUGGAAUUUCUAACGAAAUACAUAAAUAUGACUCGCCAAUACCAACUAAACAUAUCAGAAAUCAUAUUUGCACUUUCUUGCAAAAAAAAAAAAGAAAAACACUAAACAUUAUUUUCAACUAAAUUAAAGUGAAAAUGCAAAAAUAUUUAAAAUUGUAUUAAAGUGUGGUGUGACAUGGAAUAUGUAAAAUUUAUAAUUAUGAAAAAUCUAAUUACGUCAACAAAAAAGUGCAGCAUACAUAUCUACACUGAAAUAUGCCAAGGAUAAAUGUAGUGCAUAAAAUUCAGACAAAAUGAUAAUUAAAUGAAUUAAAUUUUAUUGAAACAGCAAACGCACAAUAAUCUCAUUACCUUUGCAUGUGGGUGCCAGCAUAAAAUUCAUACAAAAUGUUCGGUUGCAUCUACCAAUUAUGGGACUGGUUGGACGCCCCGCCACUCUUCAACGCCGCCACCAUGGAUGCGAAAAAGCUGCAGCAACUGCAGCAAGCUAACGCUCAGAAAAAAUUGCCACUAGCCUACCAAACGAACAUUGUCGACUAUCGUUCCGCCACACAUUCGCCCGUCUUUCAACAACAACAAGCCGCUGCAAUGAGCGCCUAUCAUGCCGGUGUCGGCGGCGGCGGCGGCGGCAGCAGUGGCUACCAGCAAAGCCCCACGGCCACCUCUUCAAGUGGCGGCCCACUCACACCCAUCGACAUGCAACCACAGCCAAAUAAAAUGCUUCUAAAGCAUAUGACUGGUAGUGGCGGCAACACAUCGAGCAGCACACACAGCUCGCCAUAUCACCAGUCAUCGUACAACAGCGGCGGCGAACAGCUCUACCAGUCGCCAACGGAGCGCACCUAUUUAACAGCCGCGGGCCGCUUGCAGGCAACCUCAGCGCUAAAUCCUGCCUCGGCGCUACAACAACAAUACCAGCAACUACAACAGGCGAAGUUGCAAGCUCAGAUGCAGACGCAGAACGAGGCUGCGCAACAGCAGCAGCGCACAUUCGCCAUGCGGCAAGCAUUGAAUCCGCCAGUGCCGCAAGGACAUUUCCACAUGAGUCAGUCAUCGAGCAUCAUGUCGUCGAUUACUAUGCAACAGCAACAGCAGCAACAACAACAACAGAACGCAGCAGCAACACAUGGGCGCGCGCCACCAUCCAGCUUAAAUUUGAACAGUCAAUUCCAGCCAGCGGGCGGUCCACUGAAAGUCAAUCAAAAACAGCAGCAGCAACAUUAUCACCAGCAGCAGGAUCAGCAAAUCUACGCACAACAACAGCAGCAUCAACUGCAACUACAGCUGCAGCAUCAGCAACAAUUGCAACAGCAACACGCACAUCAGCAGCAACAGCAGCAGCAACAACAACAGCAGCAACAGCAGCGCCUGAAGGCCGAACAACCCACGCCCGGUAGCGAGCAGAGUCCCGUCUACAUACAACAAAAUCAUCCUGGCCAUGUCGUCAACCAAGCUUGCCAGACACAAAUUUCGGCGGUAAAAGGUGGCGCCGUUGUACAGAAAACCACGCCCAGCUCAGAGGACUCGUCGGGCAAGAGUCCUUCGCACGCGCCUCUAGACCGCAAGAAGAGUGUCGGCUCAAUGCAAGCGCUCAAGUCACCCAUCACCAAGCGGCCAGCCUCCUCACCGGUCACCCUUUCCGGUUGGCUGUACAAGCAGGGCUCUGACGGUUUAAAAGUGUGGCGCAAGCGCUGGUUCGUGCUAGCCGAAUAUUGCCUCUACUACUACAAAGGUCCCGAGGAGGAGAAGCUGCUCGGCUCCAUACUCUUGCCAUCAUACAAAGUGUCGGCCUGUCUGCCAGAAGACAAAAUCUAUCGAAAAUACGCCUUUAAGUGUGAACACCAAAAUAUGCGCACCUACUGGUUGGCCGCUGAGACAGGCGAGGCGAUGGUGCAGUGGGUGCGCGCACUUACCGCCGCCACAACAAUGCAGGCACCCAACAGCGGCGAGUCAGAGCAGCCGAGUGCCUCUUCUUCGCUCAACCACAGCGGCGAGAACUCCGACUCAGGCAUACACACACUCCAGUCACAGCAGAGUAAAAUGAGCCUUAACCAAGGUCAGAUGACGCCCGCGUCCGAGCAUGCUAAUGCGAACUCAGCAUCGAGCAGCAACAGCGGCGGUGGUGGCGGCGCACAGCCGUUGUAUGCAAAUGCGCCACCUAAACCACGACGCAUUAACGAUGGCGGUUACUCCUCUCCUAGUCCCGAACAUUCGAUUGACAACGAACGUAAAUCGCACCACCAGCAACAGCAGCAGCAAGCAGGUCGCCACAGCGGACUCAUGUCACCGACGCUGCAACAAAUGCAACAACAGCAGCAGCACUAUCAACAACAACAACAGACGCGCGCCGCACAGCAACCACAACAGCAUCAUGCCAUUUACGAUACACGCACUGGCAAUGUCUCAUCCGCAUUGCGGCUACAACAAGCACAACAACAAUACUCUGUAGACCAAUUGGAGGCGCAACUGCAACAGCAAAUGGGCUUGUCCCCAGAAGAUUAUGCCAAAUCGCCGCCACCGCCGGCUACACAUUCCAAUUAUAUGGAUAUCGAGGAGCAAAUGUUGCGUCUUCAACAACAACAUCGAAAUGGUGAGGAGAUUUAUGGCGAGCGCGAGCUUUAUAUGCAAAAGCUGAUGCAGCAACGUUAUCCACCACACUUGGCGCUGUAUCCGAAUGCGGAACGGCGCACACCAGAUGCGUAUGGACGCUCGAAAAAUCGCAUAUUCUCAGAUUAUGAAGACAUCUACAACUUAACACAGGCUGGCAUGCCCACUUCAGCACAGGAAGCGCUAUUGCAGGAGGCGGCCAGCUAUCGGAGGCCGUUGAGUCCUCCCACCUAUGAUGGCAGUAAGCAUGUGCCCGCAAUGCCGAUGCGUUACACACCCAAUCACAUGGAGGCUGCAGCCACCCAGCAGCAACUCACCGCUAGCAGCAGCAAUUUACGCGCACGUCCUACUGCUGCUAUAAUACGUCCACACUCAGCGGACUUUUUGGAAUACGAAGCACGCGCCGAAUCAGCAGCGGCCGCUGCCGCUGCGAGCUCUGGUAAUCAAGUAACCGCAAUCAAGCCAGAUGCACUGCGCGCGCCACGCCCCAAAUCUUCAUUGGAUAUCAAUCGCACUCCAGACAGUUUCUACUAUUCGGAAGCGAGCUAUGCGGAGAAAAUGCGCAAAAGUGCACUCUAUUUGCAACACCCACAAGGUGUUGCCGGUGCGGCGAACGCACAGCCACAGCAAGCGGGUGUCUAUCGCACCGCCAACGAUUUUCUCAGUCCCGUAGGCAGCGGUAUGCACACAAUCGGUUAUGAGAAUCCCUAUGAACGCGCCUACAAGCGCGGCGAGCAACUGCACGACGGCCAAGGUACCGCCAGUAUGCCGCGCAUGAGUCGCAGCAACACCACGACCGCUAUGAAUACGAGCGGUUUGGCGCAUUUGCGAUCACAAUCAGUGCAUCCGCAGUCGCAGGCGCUGCUCUCGCCACAGUCCCAAUUGAAGCAGCAGCAGCAGCAGCAGCAGCAGCAGCAGCAACAGCAACAGCCACCGCCGCCACAAAAGCCCGUCUAUACGCCAACCAUGUCGACGCAGCAGAUUAUCCAGCAAAGCGAGCAAUUCUUGCGCUCGGCAAGUGCACGCCUGCCCAAGCGCAGCGGCGGUUUCGAUGACGACUACAACAGCGCGGCAGCCACUUCACCGCCUCAACUUCGUCAACAGCAGCAACAGCAACUCCAAACGCAGUCACAACAACAGCAACAUCAGCCAACUCCACAGGAUGGCGAACGCAAACGCGAGGAGUCAAUGAAACGUUUGCUGGAGUGGAAGCAGCGCAUGUUGCAGUCGCCGUUGACGCGCAAGGGCAUGCAGCAGGGUGGCAGUAAUAUGUCCGCCAUGUCGAAGCUCGGCAGCAAUCCGAACAUACUGCUCGCCUCGACGACGGUGGCGAGUGGCGCGCACUAUGCCGCCUCCAAUGUAAGUGGCGGCAACAGUGGCAACAGUGCGGGUGGUGGUGUUGUAGCUGGAACUGUUGGUGGAAGCAAUGGUGGCGCCACAGCGACUGCGGGUGGCGGCAACUUAGCAGGCGGCAGCCUCGUUGGCGGUGUGGGCGGCAUACAACGCAGUCGCUCGGAGAUUCACGCCAACCUAGGACCAGCUGGCUACAAUAGUUACUCAUCAGACGACGAAGCAGCGUCAAUUUCGGUGCGGAAUGUACGCAAUUUACCCAAAGGCAACCUUACCGUUAAACCAGAUCCCUCGGAUGUGCACAACCCUCUGCAGCAGCAGCAGCAGCAGCAGCAGUCGCAUCUACACCAACAGCAACACUUAGCACAAGGCAAUUACGAUCAGACGACAUUGGGUAAACUAACGAAUCCCUAUUACGGCACAGCACACGAUACCAAAUAUGCGAAGACAACAACACUCACAGAUCGUAGUGGCGGCCAUGGCAUUGGCGGCAUUUAUGGCAGCAGCGGACUCAUUUCGGGCGGCAAUAGCAUCUUAGCCGCCUCCACGCCAAUGCAUCCCAGCGCAAAUGGUGGCGACUAUUACGGCAGUGUGGGCGGUAUAGCUACAAGCAAUUUAUGGCAAGGCCAACAGCAACAACAACAAGCGGCAUAUCCCAUGAGACGUGUGGAGAGCCGCGCUGAAAUCGAUAUGCUGGAACGUGAGACGAGCACACAGAUGAGGAAUUUGGAUGUAUCCGCCGGUGAUUUACUGAGUCGAACACACGAGGAGCUCGUUUUGCUGCUGAUACAGCUGAGAAGACAAAACAGCAAUACGGCGCGUGCCAUCGAGCAAUGCUGCAGCGACAUUCAUGAAGUGCAGAAUCGUCUACGCUCUGCAGAGGGUCUAACACGCGCCGAAAGUAUACAGCGCUUGGAUUACCUUAAGCAACAUCUGCUCGAUUUGGAGCGCCAGUAUGAGAAGAGCAAACCGUUGGUCAACUUAGUGGACAAUAUGGUGAAACUCGGCUCACUCUAUCGCAACAACGACAUAAACGGCCGCCAACCGCAACGCAACGAGGCCGUGACACUGGAUCGUCUCGAGUUCAAUCAGCGCAUACAGGAGCGACGUCUGCUGCAGGAGGAGCAGAAACAAUGGGAUCGGCUCAGCCCAAAUCACAGCGAGUUGCAAUCCAAGGUGCAUCAACUUUAUCAACUCGAUCAGCUGCUUCAAGAGGAGUCCGGCACUCUGCAAAACUUACAACGCGACAAAGAGGAAUUGGAGCGCGCUUUAGGUGGUUUGCGUGCACGCAUACAGGACACUUCAGGGCCGCCCAUGGCACUGGAAGCGGCAAAAAAACAACAACAUAUGCUGGAGCGUGAACUGUCGCGUGUGCAUCACCUGUUGGCGGAGAACUCAAAGGUAGUCGAGAAAUUGGAACAAACCGUAGCAGGUAAUGCGCGUCUCGAACAAGAAUUGAUUGUGUUGCGCCAGAAAUUACAGGCCUCACGUGGUGCACGCGGCUCCCAAGGCGCACUCACAAACGGCGGUACCGACAGCUUUGCUAGCAACACCACCGCCAUGUUGGAGUCCGAACUAAAGCGGGUACAAACACUCGUCGGUGAUAUGCAGCGACAACGACAAGAGCUGAGUUCAGCUGUGCGCCAGUUGACUGAGAACUCCAAUCGGCUCUACCAAGAGAUCGGCAAUAAAGAGAAUAUCGCCAGUGGCAUGCCACCUGGUACACCACAGAAGAAGCGCACAAACUCGUCCUCUUGGCUGGAAACCGAUCUGGAUUCGAUGAUGAGCAUCACUCAUACACUGGACGACGAUGCUACCAUUAAUUUGUCGACGCCCUUAUAUGUGGAUACCAAGUUGAGCGACUACAACAACAGUGAGGAAAUGCAACGCUUGAUGGCUGGAAACAACGGCGGAGCCGGCGCGUAUCGUUACAAUGAUGCCAGCGAUAAUUUAGAGACCAGCGGCGUCGAUAGCGAUGGAUUUCUCGAGUCAAACCCCUUUGCGAAUCUUACCAAUCAAGAGAAGCAGGAGAUCAAGACGGUGCGCAUUGUGAAGCGUGAGUCAGAACGGCGACACCGCGAUCGUAGCGAACGUAAUGGCCUAAGCAGUUCAACGCAGAAUCUCGAUCAGGUGCUCGAGGAGGAGCAACAGCUGAUGAAUACCAACGGUUUUGGUGUAGGUGCAGGUGGUUAUCAGCACAUGAAUGGCACGGCGAGCGAUUAUCAAAGCAAUGGGCGUUCAAAAUCAUUGCCACGUAGCUACAAUGAACCGCCUAUGAGCGGCAAAGUGCGGCAUCAUCAUCACCAAAGCAGCAAACAUAGCAGCAAGCAAAAUGGUCACCACAGCAGCAGCAGCAGCAGCGGCGGCGGCAAGCCAGACGACUUCUACGGCAGAAGCUAUGACAAGAAUAGCAACUAUGCCAGCUAUCAGCUGAGCAAUGGCGGCUCCAGCAGCGGCAGCAAUGGGGGCAGAGCUGAGCGACGUGAACACCUCAACCCGCUGGCCAAUGCAUACUUCGCCAAGCAGCUGCAACAACAGCAACAACACCAACACCAUCACGGGCAUACGCGUGAGUCAUCGCAGCAUGCGUUGCGUCAAAAAACAGACUCGAUGCAAAGCUUAAAUAAAAGCAUUACCGACUUGAGUCCCGAUCCGGUGUUCCAGAGUGAGGCAGCGCGACAAAUCAUCAAUGAGCUGUCGGCCGGUUCAGCGUCGGAGGAUAAUACAGAGAAGAUAGUCGAAAAAGUGCCGUCGCAGCAUAAGCAUCGGCGUGCGGUGCCACGUGAGAAGCGGCGCCACUACACGGCGCCCAAUAAUGUCAAUGUGAAGGCGAUGGAGAAUGUGCAAGCGGAGAAUGAUAUGAACCGCAAUAAUACCAACUGGCGUGCGCGCGAUGAUCUGGAUAUGGACUUGGCAUUGCGUCCACGUAUGAAUGCACCGGAUGUGGUGCGCUCUGCUCUGGGACAUGGCGAGAAAAUAUCAGAGAAUACAAUCGAUAAUUUGUUAUUGGCGCCGAAUAAGAUUGUUAUACCCGAGCGAUAUAUUCCGGAGAAGACACCAGAGCUAUCACCUGAGGAGAAGAAACGCCGUCAAGAAAAGGUCGAAUCAAUCAAAAAGAUGUUAGCCGAAGCGCCAAUUAGCACAGCAAACGACACAACUGUCAGCCUACCACCGAGCAAAAUCAAUGCCGAAAAGAAGCAACGCGAGCAUUUAUUACAACUUAAUCAAAUCUUGGCGCAACAAGUCAUGCAAAUGAGCAAAAUCGUAGCUGAAAAAGCCAUGGCCAAGGUGAGCAACGGAAGAGACGACGAAACAUCGCCCACUGGCUAUGACGAACGGAGUUCCGAAUCACCAAGCGAACCACUGCCGAUUUAUCAACAACGCGACAAUUACUUUAGUUAAACAAUAGAGGAAAACAAAACAAAAACACAAAAAUGCAAUAUAGAGUUUACAAAAACAACAAUAAUAACAACAAACGAUAGCAGCGAACAUCGCAAAAACCACUACAAAAACUCUACAACUAAAGGGAGAAUAAAAUUAUUAAAUUACAACAAUAAAAAUAAAACAAAAAAUAAAUAAAGCACCGAAAACCUUAUCAAGAGCACCACUAUACUACAACACCAACAAAGGCAUAACCGUAACUGUAAUAGAAAAAUGAAGCAUUGCAAAAGAUAUCCAACAAUUAAAGAACUACACUCGAAUACUAAAUAAAUGCAUUUAUCUUAAAAGAAAAAAAGAAAAAAGUAACUCGAGGCGGCAGGAAAAAGUCAAAGCGAAGCUUACAAUUGGACAGAUGUGGAAAUCGAAACAAAAUUACAAUACAACUUUGCAAGUAAUUAGCAAAAAUAUAUGUAUGUCUAUUAAAAAACAAAAACAAAAACACAUGAAGAUUUCGCUUUCGUUGCUGAAGUAAAGCUAAAACAGUAUAAAUUUCAAAACUAUAUUAUUGAAAUGUAAAACAGCCUAACUACAAAAGAAAAAACAAAAAAAAACAGUUCAACAAACAAAACUAACUAAUUUUUUGCUUAGCUGCAAAAUUUAAACGACUGAAAUGUAAAGCAAAUUUAAGAGACUAUGAAAAUUAUUAACUAAAAAUAUCAAAUAAAUAUUAUAUAAAAAAAAAAUAAAACUGAAAACAAAAUCAAGGCAAAUAGGCAAGCGCGCACUCAUUUCAGAAUCGGCACAUACAAUUUUUUAAAUGUGCAGACAGUGCACAUGCAAGCCCACACUCACAUAUACAUGCAUACAUUCAUACAAAGCAAAUAUGUAAAUAUACGACCGUGUGUGUGGAAAAGGUGGUUAAUGCACAACAUCUGCCUUUCGAGAAAAACGAGUCUCUAAAUUUCACAUCAUAGGAAAAGCUGCUAAUAGUCAUUUUGUCUUUAAGCAACAAAAAUUUUCAUACAAAAAUUCAUGCGCAGUAAUUUUUUUUUAUUUGUAAAUACAAUCAAUAGCAAACAAUGUUUACUUGCGACUAAUUGCACCGCAUUUUUAGGGUCUUUAAUUAUAACAAACCGUCAAAAACUCGACUUGGUCGUUGACCAACUUUUCCCACACAAAGCCACAUGCAGCAGCAAUAUAAUGAUAAACGCAGAGAGCGAGUUAUCGAAGAGCGAAAGUGUUUGCGCAGUGCAGAGUGAUGCUGAUUCACUCCAAUACUUAGUCACUCUCCAACGCAUCUUAGCUGCAGUUAAACAACGCAUUUAAGUGCCCGAAUGCCCAUUCAUUGGUGUAUCAAAGCGCAUAAGCUCUCUUUCAUAACUGAGUUAACUCGUAUUUGUUAGUCUUACAGAAAAUUAAAGUGAUAGUCAGUCGUAUUGCCUAUGUAAACAUUUUCAGCCAGAUACUUGCAGGCACAGCGGAAGCCGGAAUUGUACAAAAACAAGAAAAUAAUGUCUGAGCUGCGGCUUUUCAGUGCUAGUUUCGUUGUGGUGAAUUUUUAGACUGAUUUUAACUCUCUAAAAUCGCACAUUAGCUGGAAAGCAGGAUGAAAGCCAAGGAUGAUAGAUACCAGGUUUUGAUCGUUAGGUAUGGUGAAAAAAAAUUUGGGGGGAACUUUGGAUUCUACGUUAAAGCUAAAGCUAAAUUUUGUGAAACACAAAACGAAUGACGUCGACAUAUCUGUCAAAUUUGCUCAGAGCCGAAUAACGGUCUGCUAGAUAGUACACCUCUAAAAAUCUUUUCACCAUGGAUAAAACCUGUAUGUAUUACUCUCAUGAAAAUUAGAUUCAUAUUGCAACCGAUCGGUUUUGAGCAUGUGGAAUCUUAUUCGUGAAUUUUCAAGGAUGGUAGUUUUCAAGGCUUGCUCGAUAGCUAUGGUGAAAAAAAAAUGUUCAGAGGAACUUUGGCUGCCACAUCACUUGCGAUAUGUUUAACAAAAUUUAGCUUGCUUUUUUUAGAGACAUACAAUAAAAAUUAACACCGCCAAGGCCCCUACCAUGGCAACGGUAUGUUUACGAAUACGGUGAAUGCAAAUGUGGUCAAGUGUGUAAUUUUAUUGUGCGUUAUUUAAAGUGAGUUUUUUCCGUCGGGAAAAUUCAGUCUGUUAAACAUAAUUGCAGCGGGACGGUUUUCAACUGGCAUUUUAUGGUUACAAUAAAAUAAAUUUGGCAGUGAAAUCUUUUCGUUCGCUAUGCUUUUGCUCCACAACUGGCUGAAGCCCAUUGCUACAAAAAAAAAAAAAAACAAAUUCAAAACAGAAAAGCAACCCUCAGUAUUCAACCCGCCGGCGAAAAUAUAAAUUAAUCUUAUUAUUUUGCCGCCGGAAAAAUAACUGAUUUCAAGAAAUCCGUCCCGCUGCAAUUCUGUGCAAUUUUAUGCUCUAAUUUUGACAGCGGUUACCCCUCAAUCCCUUUCCCUGCUGUCCGCUGCAAGUCACUUUUCGUUGGCUAGUUGCAGGAAUGACAGAUUACCAGGUUUGGCCAUGAGCUAUGGUGAAAAAUAAAAUUGUGAGAGUAACUUUGGCUGCUGGAGAUUCGGCUGUCGAAUUCCACCAGCUCAUUUCACACGUAUUCACGCACACGCGUCCAAUAUGUCUUUGUUCAGAUGGUAACGAGGCAACAAGAGCGAAGACUAUGCAUUCCCAUGGCAGGCGGUUCUACGUUACCGGAAUGACUCGGAUUUUUCCCGACCAAGGGCUGCCACGCCCAGUAAACUAGUCCUGUCUUGUGUACCAUAUGCCACCCCAGCGAAGACUAUUUUGAUUUUUUUCGCAUAUCGUCAACACCAUCUCAGUUUUUUCUUAAACAAACCGUGUCCAGGACCACGGUUACGUCAGCCUAUCAGCUGAUUCUGUCGAAUUCGCUGGCCAUACCUCUAAAAAUCUUUCCACCACGAAUCAGCUGAUUCUUUCAAAUUCACUGCGAGUUAUUUAAGCGCCUGAUUUUGGCCACACCCCUAUAAAUCUUUUCACGAUGCUUUAGUUGCACCUUCUCCGGGUUUUACGUUACCGGAAUGACCCGCAUUUGCACUUGGCAACGAGCUGUUACUUGGGAACGUCUUUUGAUGAGCCAACAGGAACAAGUUCUGAAAGUUAGCACAGAAAUUAUAUAUUUGUAUGCAUUUCUGUAAAAAAAAACCUAUUUACUCUGUUUACUUUACUCGCAAAGUGGGAAAUAAAAAAUUGCCCAAAAAACAUAAAUAAAAAUAUUAAAUAUGCAUAUGAUGCCCUUUACACAAAAAUAGCAACAGCUCUAUUCAGCAUCUGCUGAUAGCAAACCUCAAAUUUGAAUCCGAAAUGAGCUCCUUGAGUUAACUCUAGUAGAGUGAAAACUUUUCAUGCGCUUCUGAAGCUUAACAGAAUUCUUAGCUGCAGCUAAGUUCACGCUGGAAAUAAGUUACUACACAAAUAUAUCAAUUGUUGUUUUUUUUCGUAGAAAUUGGUGAAAUUUAAUCAAUUAGAAUUGAAGAAAAUAACUGAAAUUAGAACUGGAAUUAUUAUCGAAUUAGUGGACAUAUCAAAAUUAAAAAUUUGAAAACAAAAAAAAUUGAAAAUAUUGUACUAUAUGAAUUUAUGCCACACACACACAUACAUACAUGUAUACAAAAUGCAAUUGUAGUUGGAAAAGUAUCAAGGCACCUACAUACAUGCAUAAGAUAUUGCAAAUAAAUAUAUUAUACAGAUAAGCAUAAUUUUCUCGUGUGAGAGCAAAACUAUUUGAGUGUAAGCGUAAUAUUGCAAGUUGAAAGAGAAACAAAAAAGAGUUCACGUAGCACGUUUGGAUGGCUAAGAUUUGUUAAACUUCGUGUUAAUGUCAGUUGAACGGUCAAGAUCCAACAAAAUUAUUGCGAGCCACGUUUAAGCGCAUAAAAAAUGUAGGCGUAUAAAAUGGCUACAAUUUUAAAUAAAAAACCAUCAUUAUAUACAUACAUACAUACAUAUAAUAGACAUAGUAUAUAUAUUUAAAUAUAAAAUUAUUAAGUGAAAUUAUUUUUAAAAAUGCUGAACAAAAAUUAUAUGAAACUGUGUGCAAUUAAGAGCAAGCAAAUGCAUUUAUCAUCAAUUUGCGCCUGCGAAUAGGCAACACAACUGCGCCUUAAUGAGUGAACACAGUUCUAGUUGCGGUUGCGAUUCAUUAAAGCUUCAACAAUAAAUACACAAACUAUCGCAUUUCUGAUUGCAGGGCUAUUUGAAUAUAAAUCGAAAAACAAUAAUUUUGAAGACUUACAGUUUUUUGUUUUUGUAAAAACAGCAAGUCAGUGAAUAAUAUUAACAUAUACAGAGGAUAGAAGCGAAUUCAGUCAGUCAGCCAGUUAGUUGGGUGAUCUUUGAAGUAACUAUUUUAAAAGACACUGCACAAAAAUAUUUUUAUGUUGGGCGCCAACAUUGGCAAAAAGCGUAGUUUUUAUUUGGCGCUUCGAAUAUUUUUUAUUUAAUUUUCGGUUAUUUUUUGCUUAACUUCAUUUUAUUUAAUUUUGUUGCAAACGAUCUUAAAUGUGCACGCAACGCACGAAAUUUUCCGCAAUUUCUCCUGUACCUAUGCAAAGAAAUUUUCAUAAAAUAAAAAAUAUAGAAAAUCAAUAAACACCUUGCAAAUACUUAUUAAAAAAAUAAAUAUACGAAAAUACGGAAUUAUUAGCGCAGUAACCAAAAAAAAGAAUUGCGAAACAAAGUCAUAUUAAUUAAAAUGUAACAGAUAUAGAGUUAAGUGUUGAAAUGAGAAGAAUUUAAAUAUUUUGUGUUUCGGUGAGAAACGAAAGAAAAGAAGAAGAAAAUGCUAGAAAAACCUUCGACAGAAAAGAAGAUGAAGAUGCUAGAAAAACCCAUGAAGAAUUACAUUAAAAGAAUUAGCAUACCAAGCAAAGAGCCUCAAGCGAGCGGAAAGAAUAGAAUCAAUACCAAUUAUUUUACGCAAAUCAAAUGCACAUCAAAUGUAUACACAUACAUAUAUUACAUACGCGUAUGCAUGUCUGUAUGAACAUAUUUAAGUUAAUUUGAGACAUUAGCCGCUGUAUGGGAGGAAAAAAAACGAACAACUUUAGGUCAAUUAAGGCAGAGAGGAAUAUAAAUAAAAUCAUACUGAGAUGCGGCAAAAAAAACUUUAUUCGGAAGUAGAAAUUUUUAAAGCUCAGUAAAGGCAGCACUGCUAAUUAUGAGCAAAAAAAAUACCCGCAAAAACCCCAUAACAGCUAUAAAAGGCAAAAAGUGCAACUAAAAGUAAAAAUGUGAAAGCAAACAGCAGUUCGAACAGUCGCCGAUUAGAGAAAUGAUACUUCAAUCCAUAUGUUGCAAAAUAAUUCCAAGUACCGAAUUUAAUAAGCUGGAACAAUUUUUUAAAUAUUCUGCUAGCUAAUUUAAAGAUAUUUAAUCGAGCCUAUAUUAAUCUAUCAUAGAUUUCCAGGUGUGGCCAAUUUGCCAUGUUGAAAAACAAAAUUGUGCGAGCAACUUCGGCUGCCACGAUUUCUGCCAAGGAUGAUCGAUUUACAAGGUUUGUCCUUUAGGUAGGUAGUUAAGUAAGAUGGCAAGAGUACUCCAGGUACACUACAAGUAGCACUUACGUUCCGUUUUGAUACCAUAAUGUGGACCACUACCUGUGCAAAGAAAAAUGUUGGACAGGGAAACCCGUCUACAGCCAUCCAGUGCUGUUGAUGGAGUGGAGGAGAGAAAAAUUUACAAUACUAAAGGAAAUUGUUGCUACAAAUACGAUUAUGUUCGUUAUAAUCACGUAGUUACCACUAAUAUGGAAGAAAAAAUAAUUAAAACAAAACUAACGCUGUCAGAAUUUUAGUUGUCAUUAGCAAAAAUAAAAACCGAAGCGGAUUAGAUCACUAAAAUCGAGGUCGCUUUGUGCUCGAUAAAUAAGAAGUUAGCAAUGACAUGAAAAAUAAUAAAUCACGGGCCAAAUAUUCGCAAAAUGUACGCUGUUGUACAGUUAUGGUAGGAUCCGAAAAGUUAUUCGAUUUGGCAUCAGCCAACUCAGGCGCCUAAAGCGGGGAAAAAGCUUCGAACGGAUGUCAAUUUCAUUUCAUUAAGAAUGUCAAGUUUUCCAAAGUCCUCAUAUUGACGAAUUCUAAUAUAAGUGAAACGUCAUCUGAUGGAAGAGUAGUGACGAGGACAGAGAAUAAAGGAUAACCUUAGAAAAGAAAACAGGAAUAGAUUAUGUCAGUGCCAGAGCACAGGAAUCUCAAAACUUUGGGCUCCUUGUCAGAAGGCCGUUGCAUCGAAGCACGCCCCCACUUUAGAGCUUUGUAUUGGGUUUAUAAUUAGUCAAAUACAUAGAGUUACAGGGGUAAUAUGGCAUACAAUUUUAAUUUCUACCCUGCUGAGCAUUGUUUCUAUUAAGCUGCACCCCACUGUAAAUAAUUUAGCAUUAACUUGGUAACAUCACAUAUGUAUGUAAAAGUUUAAAAAUUCAGUUCCAGGCAACGACUUCAAAUAAUGUACGAUUCACGAUUAUUAUUAUAGAAAAAUUAAACAGCCUUAUUUAUAAAAAAAAUAAACUUUUAAAAUUAAAAAAAAAUUAAUUAAAAUUGAAAAAAAAAAUUAAUUAAAAUUCAAAAACCAAUUAAUUAAAACUGAAAAAAAAUUAAUUAAAGCUGAAAAAAAUUAAAUUAAAAUUACAAAAAAAAAAAUUAAAUUAAAAAUGAAAAAAAUGAAUAAACUAAUACGAUACGCAAUUUGAACGCGUGCGUAAAUUUAAGCAGCUAAAAAAAUGCAAUAUUCUUAUUUUUAAAAAGUACAAAUAUUAAAUUUUAAAUACUAUUUUUUAAUUUAAAAUUGUGCAAAAUAUAAACCAAAUUAUAAUAAUUUAACUUAGUUCCAUUACUUUUUUAAACAAUAAAAUGAUUAGUGCUUAUUCAAUUUUAAUCACUUCCAUUGUUUAAAAAAUAUAUAAAAUAUAUCUUAUAAAAAAAUGAAAACAUUACGAAUUACACACACACAAGCAAAUAUAGCAAUUUAGUGAGACGUAAACAAUUGGCGGUGCUACAAGGAAGUAAUUUAUUAUUACUUUUUAGCCUAAAAAUGUUUAUGUUUGGGUUAAAAUUAGUUGCAAGAAAAGCCGACAGCUGCAAAGAAAAUAAUUUGAAUAAUAAAAAAAUCUGUAUAUGCACACAUUAAAAGUACAUAUAUAUACAUAUGUACAUACAUACACACAUGCAUUAAAAAUAUAUUGAAAAUUCUAUACAUAUUUUAUUUUAGUUAUUUCACACCUAUUUUAGUGAAUUUAAUUAUAUGCCUCAGUUAAAAAUAAAAUUAAGAUAAGCAAAUAUGUACACCUCAUUACAUAAAUUACAUAUAUACAAGCAUACAAGCGCAUUACAAAUACAACUGUAUAUAUGAUUUUAAUGUAUGUAGAAAAGAGAAAAAACUGUUGAAAUAUAUUUGUUGAGAGUUAAACUUGAAGGAAUUACAAAGACAAAAAGACAGAGGAAGAAAACUAUUGAGUGAACGAACGAUGAAUACAAAGAGUUAAUCAAAAGGUAAAAAAUACAUAAAGAAAUACAGGAAAUGAAAAUGGGUGCACUAACUGUAUCAUAUAAUGUCAUAAUUGUAAUGUCAAAUAAUAUCAUAUAAAUACAUGUACUAUUACACAUACACCCAUAUAAUCCUCACAUACGCAUGCAUGCAAAUACUUAUUAUUGAUUAGUGCAUAUUUACAACACACACGCAUACACGCAAAUGCACACGCAUAGCAUAUACAUACGACAUAUGCAUAAACACAUACAUACAUGCAAACACAAACACAUUCAUAUGUAAAAGCAUAUUACAGCUAUUCAAAAGCAACUUACUUAUACAUAUAUAAAAUGAUCGAUAUAUCGUACAUAGUAUGAAUAUGAAACAUCAGAAUGAUUAUUGUAAAUUGGAAUUAAAAAUGUUAUCAAUAAAAAUGAUAGUUGGAAUUUAA